AAAAAAUCAACUUGCGAUGGAAGUGAGAGGACACAACUCUCUCCUCUGCCAAUAAAAAGCACCAUCAAAGAAAUAGUUCAUCCAAAUUGACUUCCCURCCCAGAUUAAAGGUCGUACGCAGAACUCAAUGGCGUCGAAGUCCGUGGUUGCGACCGCGACACGAGCGGAAGAGGCACCAAAACAAUCUUCUUUAUUGUCAUCGAUUCCUUCCGAAACAACGCAAGAARCAAUGGACGAAAAGAAAUCGAGGAAAAAGCCACUGUCGACUCACGAACGCAKUCCUAAUAGCAACGGAAAGAUUGGCAGGAACGGGAGCCAAGAUGGCGAGAUUGGUAGUCACAGUCGAUCCUCUUUCACCGACAAAAGAGUUCUACCGAAUCGACCGGCGCACGAAAUCGCCCGAGAUACAAAACGGAUAUUGGAAAUAUGUUAUGGUCCAAAGCAGGAUGAAGGGGCCACGUCGAUUGCAGUUGACAACGAAUUAGUGUCUAAGGUUUCUUUGAAAAAUGAAGGCACCGAUGAUAGCGCUAGGAAGAAAACAACGAAACAUGGGAAGAAGAGAAGAAGACGAAAAAGCGAAAAUGGAUCUACUGAUGAUACAGUUUCAGAGUCAAUAAGAAACAKAGAUGCCGAAGUGGUGAGAGAGAAAGUUGAAAAUAUCCAAGGUGCAGCAAGGAGAUCUGGGACUACGAAGAAAAAKAGACGGAAGAAAAAGACGACAACGAAAACCGACGAAACUGCUUCUAUCGUGACCGUCGAUGCCACAGGAAAAGUCGUUCGCAAACGUCGAAAAAUAAAGGGACGCCAUAGGGUAGUGAAACAAGAGUUCAUUAAAAAAGGAAAAGACRCAAAAAUUGAACUUGCUACUAUCUCGGAAGGUUCGGAUUUCGAGGGGGAGGACAUUGACGAUSAAAGCGAGGUUGAAAAUGAGAACCAAAGUUACAAACCAAAUAUGAAGUGCAGUGAUGAGGAAGGCGAAAGUGAGAAAUACGAAGACAGYUUUGAUGAAACAAUCGAUACWAAUAGUGAAACUGGAAAUAUUCAAGACRCAGAAAAUGAGGGUAACGAAGAGCAAGAUAUUACGCGUCUCAAUGACAUCAAUAGGGCCGAUGGAGUAUUGCCUGUAGCAGAUCAAAGCCUUGCCUCUUCUCAGACUAUGGAUCAUGCUUCAGGUGCUUCGAAUAAUGAAAGAGGUAUCGUUCCAAGAAACGAGAAUGUUGUAGAGCAGGCCACAGACAAUGGAGUUGUCGACGCGACACCGGCGACAAUUGACUUCGAUGUUGAGGCYGGUCUAGCGGACACGCAACAGUCCGUUGCAUCCGUUGACUCAACAGCAUGUACUUCGACUGCCGAAGAAGAAAACAGAAGAGCAAGAAAACGUGUUCCAUUUUUUGGAAAUUUUCGGAACUUGGKUUUUGCUGGCUUGAUAUUUUUKCUAUUUGUCACAGCGCUGACGGUGAUGGUGGUAUAUUUUGUUUCGCCCAAAGGAACAAAUAGCGAGAAUCCAAUUUUGUYUCCAUCAUCUGAACCGACCAGUAAGUCGCAGCCAGAAGAUCUCACGUUCUCAAGACCAUCACAGCCUCCAAUUUCUGCACCCACUUCAGCGCCAACAACAAUUUAYGGUACUUCUUCAGUUUCCUGCCAGCAGCCAGAAAGAAAAUCAGGAGUGCAAAUACAGGAGGCUGAAUACGCACCAGAACAUUUUGGAAAUACUACUAUUGGAAACGAAAACAAUGGAUACUGUGGAGAAGGCUACGUAACAAAUUUAGCAACAUCCGGGUCAGGCUUSGAAUUUUUACCUUUUAGUGUGARUGUAACCGGAUACUAUCGAGUUGCUAUUCGAUACAACAAUGCGGACAAAACUGGGAAAUAUCUGGACCUUCAAAUCAACGACUUGAAAGAAGGUAUUUUUGAUCUAAUACCAACUGGAAACGAAUCAACAUGGAUGGUUCAAGGUGUCAAUGACAUUUUGUUGAGUGAAGGGAAACAUGUAAUACGAGUAUCAACCGAAUCGAACAACUCAAACGGACUCAAUAUUGAUUGGCUGAGCCUAUCAUUCCAAAAGUCGAUGUCCCGAUUCGACUAUCUCAUCGAUGUAUUAGAUAACGAURGCAAUGUGACGGAGCUCUCUCAAUCUCAAAGUUUAGCCCUACAAUGGAUGUCAGGUGAGGACACAAUCGACUUGUCGACUCUCACAAAUCAAGAGAUUAUCGAGAGAUUAGCCCUAGUGGAUGUAUAUUAUUCAACAACCGGUGAUACUUGGUCCAAUAACAAUCAGUGGCUUUCUGAGUUUCAUGCAUGUAGUUGGUAUGGCGUCGCCUGCUCUAAAGAUAAGCUUGUGACAGACUUGAUGCUUGGUAAGUAUCUCCAUAUACUAUUUGGUAACCAGAAUUGGCGAGGAUGUGACUAGACUUCCGACGGAUUACUCAUUAGCUUUCUUUUUCAAAAAAUCCCAUAACAUUGACGGUGCUUUAAGACAAUAACGGGUUGGUUGGUCGUAUUCCAACGAGUCUUUCCUUACUUCCRAACCUUAUUUUGAUCUCUCUAGACACCAACAGUUUGGAAGACGAGAUUCCAACGCAGAUAGGAAUAUUGGACAAUCUAAGAAAUCUUUAUUUGCACGCAAAUUUUCUGACCGGACCCAUUCCUUCCGAAUUCGGUUCGCUCACAAAUCUAGAAAUUCUUGAUCUGCGUGCAAAUUAUUUGAACGGCCAGAUUCCUGAGGAACUAUAUUCCAUGGUUGGUCUUGAAAGUUUCGCACUAUCAUCGAACGAUUUAGGGGGGACACUGUCUACUAAUAUUGGAAAACUGAUAUCUUUGUUGCAUCUGGACUUACAGAAUGUUCAACUAACUGGGCCGAUACCAUCAGARUUAGGGAACCUAAUACUUUUGUCAAGUCUCUCUCUCGGCUACAACGAAUUUUCUGGAUCGAUUCCAAGGGAGCUUGGGCUCUUAUCUAACCUAUCGAUCCUGGACCUAAGUAAGUAGCGCUGUGUUUUUGGGGCACUAGUUCAAGGGUCGAUACGAGCAAGUUAUGACACAAAUACUAAUAUUACUUUCGUAAUUAUUAUUCGUCCCCUCAAAUCAGAUUCGAAUCGGUUGACUGGAAUUCCACCCCCAGAACUGAAUCUUUUGGAGGACACAAUCAUUGAUUAUUGUAAGUAGCUCAUGCUAAUUGUUGUAGUUUGAAACUCACUGCAAUUGUUGAAGAAGGAAUAGUACUUACAGAAAGACUCUGUCGUUUUSUUUUCGUAGACGGCAACGACAUAGUUUUAUGAGUGAUAUGAGCAUGACAUGAAGAAUAUUGACUUUUUCCAGAGGUGCCGUGACGAAAAAUUCAGCUAACAUUCUGGUAAAAAUUGAUGGGGAAAAGAGCAAUUUCAGCUUUCGACCAUGCAUAACGGAUCUCUUAGCUGCACAGAAAUACGAAUUUGGGUUUAAGCUMGUACAUAUGGCAGYAUUGUAUCAUAGAUACAUCAUGAGUUUCAUUAUGCAACAUUGAUGAUAGACUGAUACCAUAUCAUUUGCUAUAAUUAGGACCCCGUUGCAAGCUCCAUUUAGCCUUACGAAGGGAGUAUCAUCAAGUAUCAUUACGGAUAACGAUGAAAUCAGAGAUAGAAAGAUACUACUAGUAGAGUAGAGUAGUACUCCCCUGUAAUUCUCUGGGGGGGAACCCCAGUGGUAAUACACUCAGUCUUAAUUA